AUGCGCAGUUCGAUGAUUAAUUGCGAUAAUGCGGAUGCACAUUCGCUGGAUGUACUCUUUGCAACUACCAACCUGGAGCGUGUUUAUCGCCAGUCGAACACUUACUACUCGGAGUGCCUGAAGGAAUCCCUUUUCACCAUCGGCAUUGCCGUAGCGAAAGGUGAUGAAAAACGAAUAAAGCCACGCAAAGCGAUGAGUUACGGAGAUGUGAAGCUGCUCUGGCGUUAUUGUCUACUGAACGAUAGCGAUGCACAGUUGUCCGCCGAGGCUGCAUUUCAAGUAUAUGUGCGUCAAAUGCGUGCCGAUGGAGUUCUGCCCAAAUUAUGUGAAUACCGAAGGCCACUCGUUGAUCAUCUGCUGUUCGACAUAAAAGUCACGAAUGGCUUGACCAAUCUCUGGGAUGUCAAUUGGAAGGAAAGCAAAAACAAUCCCAAUCCGCCAUCGACGUCACUACAAGGAGCAGCAGGGCCAAAAGUAAUGAUAACAACUACGGCUAGUCCAGCUACACCGCAGUCACAAACGACUUAUCUGCAUUUCAUUAAGGACCUGAAUCGUCGUUCCAUCGAAGACGAGUAUUUUCGGCGUAGUGUUCGGAUGCCAAAACGUCUAGUUGUUGAUCUAAACAAAAGAAGUAAGUGGUAA